AUGGACGAAGCAAUAUUAAUUACCGGCAAAAGUGGAGCAGGCAAAUCGACAUUCUAUGAUAUUUUAAAUGGUUCGGUACCUCACAGGAACUAUUCAGCUAAGAUAAACAUUGACGAUAGCUCAGACGGUACCACUCUUCAUUCAGUUGAAAAAUGUCGAACAAUGGUUUUACAAGAUAGCGAUAUGGAUUAUCGAUCAACUAUCUACAGAAUGAUUACAGAUAUGGAUGCAGAUGAAGUGAAACAAAAGAGAACAUCACAAUUCGAUUCGCUCGUACAUGAAUUUCUUCGACUUGUGCAAAUCGAUGAUUUCGUUCGAAAUGAGCUCCACGGGGAUCUUCAUGAAGCAAUGGCAGAUAAACUAAGCGAUGGGCAAAAUACUCGUUUAUUAUUAGCGCGAGUCUUUUUUCGUGCUCAUCAUCGAAACGCUUCUUUACUUAUUAUCGAUAAACCUGAUCAAGGUCUACCUGCUGAAACAACAGUCAGUAUUAUUGAUAAUAUUAUGAAAUGGUAUCGAUCAAAAGGGAUUCUCAUUGUCACGUUACAUACCGAACGUGCACACGCACUAAAAUUUGAUCAAGUUCUACAUGUGGAAGAAGGAACUAUCGCAAAGAUUAAAUAA